AUGAAGAGCCCCAGCGCGCAGCUCUCGCACGCACUCACGCGCAUCCACGCCGCCAUGCACCGCCCGUCGUCCCCCGCGCAAGCGCCACUAUCAUCCCCGCCGUGCGCGGGGAGCCCUCCUGACGACGCCACGCAACGGUCUGCGAGUCGCCGGGCGUCGCAGGAGCGCACGGCUGAGUUGCUGCAGCAGUCGUUCCGACCUAAGGCGCUGCCAUUAGCGCCACCCGCUCACGGCCGCGCGCCCAUUCCGGGGAUGCCUGAUAGCGGUAGCGGGAGCGAACGGCGGAGGGGCGCGACGAGAAGCUGCAGCGGGCCGCGGGAGGGACGGUUUGGGGGAGGGCCGCCGGGGGGGACGGAAAUUCCCGCGGCGCCGGGACGCGUGACGCUGAGGAAGCAACUGUCGAGCGACAUCGCGCCGCUGCUGCUGCGACUGAAGCGGCAGGCCACGCCCACGCGAAUCCGGAGCCAGUCGCCCGUGCUUUCGCCCGUGCAGUCGCCGCGGGACGUGUGGGAGGCUGCAGAGGCGGGGAAGCUGUUUAAUUGGAUGAGCAAGGAUACGGAGUGUAAUGCCACGCCAGCGAGAGCUGUUGUUGAAGAAUCGGAGAUUGUUUCUCUUCCCACAGCAAGGCCUGCUAUUACAGUUUGUCCCAUACCUGCUCAUCUACGCAUCGCCCAACGCCUUUCACUGUCAUUUGCACUUGGUCUUCGCCUGACGUUACGAACGAGCCGAUUGCUCCGGUCUUUUGCGCUACGAGCUGCGAGUUCUGGUGGAAGCGCCAUGGCGGAUGAGGUGUCGCUCGCUGAGCAGGAGGCUCGGUUGAAGAAGAAGUAUGGCGGGGCUCUGCCUAAGAAAAAAGGGCUGCUUUCCAAGGGCCACGAGAGGGCCUUUUUCGACUCCGCCGAGUGGGCCAUCCAAAAGCAAAAGGGCGCCAAGCCGGCAGCACCGGCAGAGGAGGGUCUGCAGCCGAAGCUAGAGCCUACCCCACAUCAACCUGCCACGGGUCGUCGCUCCGGACUGGCUGAAGAUUGA